UCAGCAUUUGGGCACCGUCAGCACCUCUGGAACACAUCAGCAUGGAGCAAACCCAGGCUUUGUUGCUCAUUCGGGUUCCUGGUGGUUUCCAAAGCUGCCAUCCUGAGUGACUUUGUGCCAGGAGGAGUGCGUGCAGCACUCGAGGGAUGCAGCAUCGGGAGCAGCAGCCAUGUUGUCCUACUGGAUUCAAAGGAAUCGCAAGCGGAGCUGGGCUGGACCUCGCACCCAUCCAACGGGUGGGAAGAAAUCAGCGGGGUGGAUGAGCAUUACAAGCCCAUACGCACGUACCAGGUCUGCAACGUCAUGGAGCCAAACCAGAACAACUGGCUGCAGACAGGCUGGAUUGCCCGGCGCGAUGGCCAGAGGAUCUUCAUCGAGCUGAAGUUCACCUUGCGGGACUGCAACAGCAUCCCUGGUGUGACGGGCACCUGCAAGGAGACGUUCAAUCUGUACUAUGUCGAGUCCGACUCCGACCUGGGCCGUAGCAUCCAUGAGAGCAAGCACACCAAGAUUGACACCAUCGCCGCCGAUGAGAGCUUCACACAGGGGGACCUGGGUGAGCGGAAGAUGAAGCUGAACACGGAGCUGAGGGAGAUUGGGCACCUGAGCAAGAGAGGCUUCCACCUUGGCUUCCAGGACGUGGGUGCCUGCGUGGCGCUGGUCUCCGUGCGGGUCUAUUACAAGAAGUGCCUGGCGACCGUGCAGAACCUGGCCGUGUUCCCGGACACGGUGGCGGAGACGGCGUUUGCCACUCUGGUGGAAGUGAAGGGCUCUUGUGUUGCUCACGCCCAAGUGGAUGUGGAUAAUCCCCCCCGGAUGCACUGCAGCGCCGAGGGCGAGUGGCUGGUCCCCAUCGGGAAGUGCACGUGUGGUCCUGGCUUUGAGGAGAAGGACGGGGGAUGCAGAGCUUGCCUCCCUGGAUUCUACAAGCUUUCCCCCCGUCUCCCUCUCUGCUCUCCCUGCCCUGAGCACAGCUUUACUCAUGAGGAAGCCUCCACAUUCUGUUCGUGCCAGAAGAACUACUCCAGGUCUCCGUCAGACCCACCAUCUGCCUCCUGCACACGCCCGCCCUCCGCCCCGAGGAACCUGGUCUACAGCCUGCGGCAGUCAUCCCUGGUGCUGGAAUGGAGCGCUCCGGCGGAUGCGGGCGGCCGCAGCGACCUCACCUACAGCCUGUGGUGCGUGCGGUGCCCUGCGGGCGCGCGGGGCCGCUGCGAGCAGUGCGGCAGCAGCGUGGGCUUCGUGCCGCAGCAGACGGGGCUGGUGGAGCGCACCGUGACCCUCGUCAACCUCCUGCCCCACGUCAACUACACCAUCCGCGUGGCCGCCCUCAACGGCGUCUCGGGCCUCAGCCCGCAGUACGCGGAGGUCAACGUCUCCACCGGCCUCGCAGCAUCGAACCCUAUCACCGGCAUCCGCACCGAUAAAGUGGAGCAGAAGAGCAUCUCCUUGUCAUGGCAGGAGCCGGGCUUCCCGACUACAAACAGCACCGAGUACGAGGUCAAGUACUACGAGAAGGAUCAGAGAGAUCAGAGCUACUCAACUGUGAAGACCACAUCGACGGCCGUGACGGUCAAUAACCUGAAGCCUGGCACCCUCUAUAUUUUCCAAAUCCGGACAUCCUCCUCUCCGGACUAUGGGAACUACAACCCCAGCAUCGAGGUGGAGACGCUGGCAGAGUUGUCGGUGGCCUCCAGCGAGCAGAACCCUGUCCUCAUCAUCGUGGUGGUGGCCGUCGCCGGGAUGACGGUGCUGGUGUCCAUGGUGAUCGGCACCAUGGUCUGGAGGAGACAGUGUGGAUACAGCAAAGCCAGCCAGGAUGGGGAUGAGGAGCUGUACUUCCAUUUUAAAAUACCCACCAGGAGGACAUACAUCGAUCCUGACACUUGUGAAGACCCCAUGCAGGCCGUGCACCUCUUUGCCAAAGAGCUGGAUAACGCUAGUAUUAAAAUUGAGAGGAUCAUUGGGACAGGGGAGUUUGGAGAGGUCUGCCGAGGGUGCCUGAAGCUGCCCAGCAAGCGGGAGCUGCCGGUGGCCAUCCAGACCCUGCGGGCAGGGUGCUCGGAGAAGCAGCAGCGUUCCUUCCUGGCGGAGGCGUGCACCAUGGGCCAGUUCGACCACUCCAACGUCAUCCGCCUGGAGGGGGUCAUCACCAGAGGGAGCACCAUGAUGAUAGUGAUGGAGUACAUGGGAAACGGGGUGCUGGACUCUUUUCUCAGGAAACACGAGGGGCAGUUCACGGCCACCCAGCUGGUUGGCAUGCUGCAGGGGAUUGCCUCUGGCAUGAAGUACCUGGCAGAGAUGGGUUACAUCCAUAAAAACCUGGCUGCCCACAAAGUCCUCGUGAACAGCAGCCUGGCUUGCAAAAUAACUGGUUUCCGACGGCCACAGGAGGAUAAGAUGGAGACCAUCUUCUCCACGAUGCGUGGGAAGAGCCUGGUGCUGUGGUCAGCCCCUGAAGCCAUCCAAUAUCACCACUUCAGUCCAGCCAGCGAUGUGUGGAGCUUCGGCAUCGUCAUGUGGGAGGUCAUGUCCUAUGGCGAGAGACCCUACUGGGACAUGUCCAACCAGGACGUGAUGAAGGCUGUGGAGGACGGGUUCCGCCUGCCCGCCCCGGUGAACUGCCAGCCCCCCCUGCACCAGCUCAUGCUCGACUGCUGGCAGAAGGACCGCAGCCAGAGACCCAAGUUCUCGCACAUCCACAACAUCCUCAGCAAGCUGGUGCAGAGCCCGGAGCCCCCAAAGUGCCCCAGCUCCACGUGCACCAGGUCCCACAGCACCUCCAUCCCCCUCACCGAGAGAACCUUCUCAGCCUUCCCAUCUUUCAGCUCCGUAGGAGAGUGGCUGGAAGCGAUCGAAAUGGGCAGGUACAAAGACAACUUCACUGCUGCGGGCUACUGCUACCUGGAGUCGGUGGCCAGGAUGACAGCCCAGGACAUCCUCAGCCUGGGCAUCACGCUGGCGGAGCACCAGAGCACCAUCCUGAGCGGGAUCCAGACCCUGCGGGCGCAGGUGAUCCAGAUGCACGGCCGAGGCGUGCAGGUGUGAAGCGGAGCCCCGCAGCGGUGCAGAGCACUGACCCGGGGAGCAGGCAGCCGCCCGGCCCCGCACCGGACCAGAGGUGGGAUGUAGGGAUCACUGAGCUGCUGCCAAACCGGCGGGGCAGGAGCGCAGGGCGUCAGGAAGCCGAGGAUUCCCGGGAUGCGUGCCUCGAUGGAUGUGGCUCUCCCUUGGCACUGCUGUGUGUGAUGAGUCGAACUGAU